AUGGUCUCCCUUGAGGAUUCUUAUCGUAUUGCGAAAGAUAAGUGCCAGGUGGCGGCAAUGCAACCGCCACCUGUAACGACGGAAUAUCUGUUCGUGAGGCAACACUUGUGGGAUUCCGAUCUGGCGAUUAACCAUCCAGACUACAUUCACCGAUCUGGGACGAUAGGAAGGGUGGGAAAUUCGGGUGUUGCAAUUACACUUUAUGAGGCCAGUAAGUCAAAUAUUUCAAAAUUAGAGAGGGAGGCAAGUGUGAAAUUUGAACACAUAUCUGCCCCUCAACCUGCUGAUAUUGCUAAAGCUAUUGGUGGUGAUCCUGCAGAAGUUAUAAUUCAAGUUGUUGAUAGUGUGAUCCCUGUUUUCAAGUCGCUUCUUGCAAAGGCACUUGCCAAGAGCAUUGGGUAUACUGAAAUCAAGCACAUGUCACUCUUAUCAUCUAUGGAAAAUAAUAUCACAUUGCAUCUUGAGGCUGGAAGACUUGUUUACACACCUUCUCUUGAGAAGGAUUAUGGAAUGAAAUAUAGUCCAUAUGAAGUAGGUGUUGAUGUUUUCUUGUCUGGAUACGUUUUUCACUUGAAGAUUUUACAUAAGAGAGGCCUAGACUUGUUAAAUGGACAAUCUGAAAGUUAUCAAGUAAAGAGAGUUUCCUCAAAGGUAGCAAGGAAAGAAUUAAGAAUGUUGAAGCUGGCUGCAAGAGAUGCUGGAGCUCUUAGAGAAGCUAAGGACAAACUGGAGAAGUGAGUUGAAGAACUGACAUGGAGAUUAGACUUUGAAAAACAUUUGAGAGUAUAUUUUUUUUAUAUUUCUUGUAUCUAAUUAGUUUGUAAACUU